AUGCCUAAGUUUAUUGUUAACACAAAUAUAAGCAAGGAAGUUCCACAGUCUUUCACAGAGGAGCUCACUCAGCAGUUACCAAAAGCAAUGGGCAAACCAGCACAUUACCUAGCAAUACAGGUCGCUCCUGACCAGUUGAUGUCCUUUGGUGGUUCCACAGACCCCUCUGCUAUGUGUUUUCUCUACAGCAUUGGCAAAAUAGGGAAGCAGGAGAACAAGGUCUACUCCAAAUUGCCUUGUGACCUACUAAACAAACAGUUGAAAAUACCACCUGACAGAAUCUAUGUCAGCUUCUUCAAGACCAGCGCUGGGAAAGUAGGCUGGAACACCACCUUUGCUUGA